AUGGCAACUAAAUCACAGAACAGAAGGCGGUUCAAUCACGGAUUGGCUCAAUCCCUAAAUGGCAGGAGUCUAAAUUACAGAAUAGCUCAAUCCAGGAAUGGACGGACGGCUCAAUCACAGAAUGGACAGGCAGCUCAAUCACAGAAUGUGCGGGCGGCUCAAUCACAGAAUGACGGGCAGCUCAUUCCAGGAAUGGACGGAUGGCUCAAUCACAGAAUAGCUCAAUCCAGGAAUGGACGGGCGGCUCAAUAUCAGAAUGGAUGGACGGCUCAAUCACAGAAUGACGGGCAGCUCAAUCACAGAAUAGCUCAAUCCAGGAAUGGAAGGCAGCUCAAUCACAGAAUGGACGGGCGGCUCAAUCAUAGAAUGGACAGGCAGCUUAAUCAUAGAAGGACAGGCGGCUCAAUCACAGAAUGA